AUGUGCGAUAUCACUCAACGUUUGCCAUUUACAAAUAGCUGUCGUAAUGGUUUAGGUAAAAUUUUCUGCUCAUUAUCCAAUUUUAUGGACAAUAAUUGGCGAGAAUGCAAUUUGGAAAAUAUUGAUUAUGAACAAUGUGUGAACUGUUUACGGAAUAAGACGAAUAUUUUACGUCAAACUUCGUGGGUUAUUACGUGGUUGGAUUCACUUGGGAAGAUGCCGCCAGCUGUAGGUGAGGGAAAUUAUUACUGGUUGGGUGAUUACGAACAAUGUUCAAUCUUACGACAAACAAACGCGUUUGAUGGUCGAUACUGUCGGGUUGUUUUGGAAAUUCCGGAAGUGUAUCGAUACUGUCCACAGUCGAAUAGUCUUAAUAUUCAUGUAGGAUUAUGCGCUCCAUCAAUGUGUACACCACAAGAAAUUACUCAACUAGCUCAAAUGGUGACACCAUAUGCGACAAGUGCAGAAUGUGAAACACCUCUUCAUUGGCCACUUUCUUCACAAAUUUUUUUAAUUACGAUCAUUUUUUGGUUGUGUUUUUUGUUUAUUGGUACUUUUAUCGAUGUAUAUGAUUGGAAAUUUUUUUCAAAUAAAAAAUUUAAAGCAAUUGCUCAAUGCUUAUCAAUUCCACGAAAUGGCAAUAUAGCAUUAAGUACCAAGCGUUCACAUAAUUAUCAUUCUAUUCAGGGCUUACAAGUUAUCACUGUAUCAGUUGUUAUCACAGCUAAUUGUUUCAUCUACAUUCUACCGUAUAUUGAAAAUGUUUUAUUCUCAUACGAAAGUGUCUAUAGCUGGCAACUUCAUCCACUAAAUAAUUUUACUUAUCAUAUUGAUGGUUUAAUUGCUAUCGAUACUUUACUUUCAUCAUUAUUAGUUCAACAUAUACUUGAAACAACCGACAAUAUCAAAAAACUCUAUUUUAAUCGCCUACUACAGAUACUUCCAGUAUUUACAUUCAUAAUUCUAUUUAUGACAUUCCUAUAUGAACGUUUGUCGUCUGGACCAAUAUGGAUGCAUGAUGAUUUGAUCGCACGUUGCAAACAUUCGUGGUGGAAAAAUAUUUUAUUUAUCAAUAAUUUUUUUUCAUCUCAUCAAACGUGCUUAGAUGGAAGUUAUCUGUAUUCCUUGAUAGUACAAUUCUUCCUACUUCUUCUACCAAUGCUUUUCAUAUCCAAGCGCUAUUAUACAACGGUAUUAGCUAUUGCUGUGUCAAGCUUGUUAGCUUCCAUUAUUUAUACAUUUUAUGAAAUGUCAACUACUAAGCUGUCACCAACUUUAUUGCUCACAGCUAAUCCAAUAUCUCCUGAAAUUUAUGAUACAUACAUUGAUUUGCUGUACACAAAACCAUGGGCUCGUGCACCAGCAUUUCUUAUCGGUUUUCUUUUUUCUUUUCUAUUUACUGGCGAAUCAUCAAUCAGUAAUAAAUUAUUAUUGCUUGCACCAUUGAUACUUUUCUUAUUUGGUAUAUUUGUCAUUUUUGGUCUCUAUCCGUAUGCAAUCGGAACUUCAGUUCCACAGAUUUUCCUUGCUGCAUAUUCGGCACUUCAUCGACCACUUUGGUCGUUUAUUAUUUGUUCAUUAAUUUAUUUACGUUAUCAAAAUCGUAACAUUGGUAGACUUUUGCAAUUUCUUGAAUGGCGAGUAUUUUCACCAUUUGCUAAAAAUGUUUUUGUGGUAUUUUUAAUUUCGGAACCUGUAUCAUUAUAUCUUUUCUCAUCAUUACAUCGACCAUUACAUGCCACUGUAUGGUCUUUGCUUAAUAUUGCUAUUGGAACGAUUAUUCUAUCAAAUUUUGUAGCAUUUUUAUUGGAUAUAUUGAUUUCGAUGCCAAUACGAAAUGUUAUAUUCCAACUGUUAAAGGAUGAAAAAUGUGAUACAUCAAUUGAUAUUGAUUAUGCUCAUACACUUAUCAGUGAUACAAAAAAAGACGUGGAAUGA